AUGUUGACAUGGGGUGUCCUUGGAGGCAUAUGCACUGGGCUGUUGUACAUCCCUAGCGUUGCUAUGAUCCCUCCCUACUUUACGACGCGUCGUGGUUUGGCUCUUGGCUGUGCGACGGCGGGAGGGUCCUUCGGCGGUAUUAUUUACCCAAUUGUAGUCCGUCGUUUGCUGGAUUCUGGUGGCUUUGGUUGGGCUUGCAGGGCAAUUGGUUUUAUCGCUCUAUUCACUCUGACAACCGCGGCAAUCCUCAUCAAGCCCAGUACACAAGCAGUCAAGAAGCCAACACGACAGCUCUUCGACAAGUCGAUCAUCAAGGAUAAAGCCUUCGUUGUAUUUACGUUCGCAUCCUUCUUUAUAUGGCUGGGCUUCCUCGUACCAUACAUUCUCACCCCCUCGUUUGGUCUGUUGGGCCUUGACCAUCCCGUCUCAGAGGAUCUUUCAUAUUACAUGUUGUCUGUCCUCAACGCCGCGCAAGCCCUAGGCCGAAUCCUACCUGCAGCCAUAGUGGAUAAGAAGAUCUUGGGAGCGGAGUCUAUUCUCAUGUUUAACAUCGCGGUAUCUGGUAUCCUUGCCCUGUGCUGGAUUGCAGUCCAUAACUUGGGCGGCUUUACUGUCUUCCUCAUCUUAUAUGGCUUCUUCUCUGGUGCAGUCACGACCUUGCCUGCGUUCAUCAUUCCAUACCUAUGUCCUUCACUGGCUGUCAUCGGUACUCGAAUGGGAAUUGUCUAUGGGGUGGCAGGGUUUGGAGCAUUAAUCGGACCUCCGAUUGCACUGGCAGCUGAUGAGGCUCACGGUGGUCAGCAUAACCGUGCAUUUCUGGGUGCGCAGAUUUGGAACGGCGUGGCUAUUCUUUUCGCGUCAUGUCUUUGCGUGUAUCCUCUCUGGGAGGCUAGGAAGCGACGGCACAUGAAGGAGAUGGCUGAUCUCAAGGCAAAGCAGGGCAGUAACAGUGCUUAA